AUAAACCUUGUGUUUACAAACAUUUACAGCUAUCAUAUUUAAAGGUUUUUGAUUUUGUCAAAUCCUAAUAGACUUUGACAUAAUUUUGUUUAAUAAUUAUUUGGUAAUACGAUGGAUUCUUCCCAAAGUCAGUCUAUGAUGGCUGCGGAAGGCUCGGCUCAAGGUGUUCGAAUCUUGUGCUUGCAAAACCUGAUUGAGAAGAAUAUUGAGAUAGAGCAACAAAUUGAAAACAAGACGUUUGACCAAUCCAUCGCGGCAAUCGAAGAAAUCCUUCGUACAGCGAACGAUAUUAACAAGGGACAUGAGGACCGCCGAACAAAUUCGACGGAACUUGUAUUGGACACGGAGUUAUUGAGACGAAAUCAUGAAGUUGUGGGCAAAGCCAUACAGCACAACACUAACUUUACGGACAGAAUGCUGAUCACGGCAAUCAAUGAAAUGGUCUUUAAAGAACAUGAAGAGGAUUGGGACGCCGUAUGCGCACUGGCCAUUCAGUUUGGGAGACCGCUCUUCACAAAUGAUAGCAUGCUACCAUUCAUUGAUGUUGCUCCAAAGGAGGUCAUACCCAAACAGCGUGCCCAACGCAAACAAAAAUCCCUGGUUGAGGAAAAGCGUCCGAAGAAGAGUGAUAAAUUGGAACGCAAGGACGAAGGCGCAGCCUCCGUCAGCCAUAUACUGAAACAGAUCAGACAAAUAUAUCGAGAGGGCGAUAAUCAGCCGAUUCCGUAUUUUAAAUUAAUUUGCAAUCCAAACAACUUUAUGGACACCGUUCAGAAUGCAUUGCAAAUUUCGUUUCUUGUCAAGGAGAACUAUAUUUCCGUUGAAAACGGCGAGGAUGGUUUGCCGUUGGUUCACGUUGUAAAUUCAAAAAGAGUGGAGGGUAAUGAGUCUGCACAGGCUAUAUGUUCUAUCGAUGUUACAUUUUGUGAGAAAAUGGCAAAGUACUACAACCUUAGAGAGCCAAUGUUGAAAAGACUUCAAGCUGACGAAAGUUAGAUUUAACACUUAAUUCCGAUAUAUAGUUUAUAAUAAAAAAACAAUAAAUACAAAAACAAAACGUUUUAAAUGCUUUAUGAAA